GGAACGGGAGAAAAGUCUGCGCCUGCCAAAGUCAAACCUUGACUGACUUUUCAGCUUCAGCCCACCUUUUAGCAAUCCAAACUUGACGACUUCUUUUUUUCUGCAUCAUUUUUCUCCGAUGUCUUGCUCGCUGUGAAAUGACAUCACCAUCCUAUACGGCUGCCGCUGCGGCGGAGUCCAUCCACCGUUCCCUCGCAGAACUCUCUUCCUCUUCCUCUGAUUCCUUCGACAACUCCCGCCGCUUCACUGCCUUCGCUUCCCGACUCCACCUCCUGCUCAACCACCACUACUUCCUCGACUCCGACUCUCUCUCCCCGGCUCUACAGACGGCUCUAAAAGGAAUCGCCUCCGAUCUUUCCAAAGCCGUCCUUACGGUGUCGGUUUACCGUAAACGAAGCAAGAUCUUCGUCCUUAUCAACUGCAAAUCUCUUUCUGCUUCUCUCCAACAACACUCCUCCGCCAUCGCUUCCUGGCUCGCCUUGAUCGAGUCUUCUCUCUCCGAUAACCUCCCGGAUCUCCGAAAGAAAACCUCUGAUCUCUCUCGUGACAUGAAACUAUCUCAUUUCGCCGUUACCGAAAAUGAAGAAAGACUACACCGUACGCUACAAAAGGAGGGAGAAGGAAGGCAAACUAGCAAAGCAGUUCAAAGCGCCAUAAUAAUGGAUUUAGCGAGAUGUUUAGGAAUAGAUUCAUGUAAUUACGAGGAGUUAAUUAAUCAAGUUAAGUUGUUUAAAACGGAUUUAGCAAACUCAAAUUCCGUUUCCGAAAGACGGAUUUUAGUUUCCUUAGAAAAGAUUUUAGGUAGCUGGUCAGCAGUUCCUGGAAUGUUAACUUUAAAGGUUGACCGUGAUUUUGAAGAAGACGCUCACAUUUUACCGUUUAAGAAUUUUUUGUGUCCGUUAACUAAGGAAGUAAUGAAGGAACCUGUUGUGUUAGAGUCAUCUCAGACCUAUGAGAGAAGCGCAAUUGAGUAUUGGUUCGAGAGGUGUUUGGAGGAUGGAAGGGACCCGACUUGUCCGGUAACGGGUGAGGUUUUGAAGUCGUUGGAGUUGAAACUGAAUAUUGGUUUGGCGGGUGCUAUUGAGGAAUGGGUUAAUAGGAAUGUUGAGAUUGAGGUGAAGUGCGCGGUGGAGCAGCUAAGUAAGGAGAGUAUGGAGGCAGAGGGUGUUGAAAGGGUGUUGGAUGUGGUUUAUAAGAUAUCUGAGGAGCAUCCUUCGAAUUGGUUUCGAGUUAGGAAUGCUGGGCUCGUGGUGAUGAUUGUUAAUUUGCUAAGGAAUUCUUCAAAGAGUAUUGGAACUGUUUUGAGAAGUAAAGCUCUAAUGGCUUUGCUUAGUAUGGCUAAGGAUGAAGAAAGCAAGAAAAUAAUGCUUGAAGAGGGCAUCACUAGGUUCGCCAUACAUAGUCUGAUUGGAAGCUCAGAGAAAGAGAGGGAGUAUGCUGUGAAGUUACUACUAGAGUUCUCUAGCGAUGAAGCUUGCUGCACUAGAAUUGCUUCAGAGAAGGGUGCAUUAGUUCUUCUGUCGAGCAUGGCUGGAAAUUUAGAGCAUCCUGCUUUAGCCAAUGUGGCUGAGCAGGUACUGACGCGAAUGGAGGUUGCUGAGGAUAGUGUUCAGAAUUUAGCAGCUGCAGGAAGAUUUGAACCCUUGCUCAGUAGAUUGCGUGGAGGACCUGAUGAUGUUAAAAUAGAGAUGGCUUCCAUUAUUGGGAGAAUGACCUUGACGAAUAACAGUAAAGAACAAAUUGCCCAGCAAUGUGCUCAAACACUAGUUGAGUUGUUAUCUAAGCCAGAGGGAAGAACGCCAAGCUUGCUAGCGUUAAAUAACCUGUCAGGGUUGGAUGACAAUGCAACCAUUCUUGUCGAAUCUGCUGUUCUUCCUGCAUUAGUAGCUAUUCUCUUACAAAACCAAGGUGAUUUACAAGAAUGGAAAGAAUUUGCUGCAUCAAUAAUUGCAAACAUAGUAUCAAAACCUGGCCACUGGGAAUUAGCUUCAAUUGAUAACAAAGGGAACUCAAUGCAGUCAGAAUCAGUAGUUUUUAGUCUUGUUGUACUUCUUUUAGUUACAUCUCCCCAAUGUCAAGCAUCUAUUCUCCGCAUCCUAUAUGGAAUGGCUAGCUCUCCACAAGCUGCAGGGUCAGUAGCCAUGCAUUUAAAAAGUUCUGAAGAUGGCAUCAAAACAAUCUUUCAUUUUCUUGAUUACCCAGAUGUUGAACACAGAAUUUAUGCUUUUAAGCUUACAAGAAUCCUCACAGAAAGGUUUGCUCAGGAUUUAGCUCAAGAGGUAAAACAUUCUGACAAGCUUCUCCUAUUUAAAGAGAAAUUACUAGACAAUCAGUCAACAGAAAGUGAGAAAUCUGAUGCUGCAUGUGUACUUGCUAAUCUUCCACUCUCUGAAGAUGAGGUAAAGACAGUCCUGGAGGCAAGCUUUGUUAAAUGGAUAGUAAUGAAUCUUAAAAAGCAGCAGCGCAUAUCCAACGGGAGAACAUCCUGGCCCACAUCAAGCAUGGAAGAAGGACUUCUAGGCCUAUUACUCCACUUUACAAGGAGCCUUGAUCAAGAUACUAUUAGUGUGGUCAAGGAGCAUCAACUGAUGACCAUUUUCUGUGAGCAGCUCAGUUUUCCUGCAAAACCUAGAGUGAAACAGCUUGCUGCUGUUGGAUUGACGAACUUGUCUGAAGCUGGAAGGAUGCUUGCAGCUCCAGACUCAGAACCACCAGCUCCCAAAGGAUUUUGUGCUUCUUUGGUAUUCAUGUGCGGGAGGGCUUCUCCUGAACCUUCCAAUUGUCCCGUUCACAACGCUCCUUGUGAAUACAAUAGUCAACUCUGCUUACUAAAAUCCAAUUGUAUCAGACCUUUGGUAGACCUUCUUCAUGAUGAGGAUGCCAAUGUUCAAAUUGCUGCAAUUGAGGCACUUUCAACUCUUGUGUUAGAUACUUCUCAUGGUUACAAAGGAGCUGUGGAUGAGCUAGAAAAGCAGGAUGUUAUUGCAGCUGUUAUAGAACUUUUUACAGAAAUUCGUCCUGGGGUACUCCAAGAGAGGGCUCUUUGGAUGAUAGAGAGGGCAUUGAGAGUGGAUAGCCCUGCUCAUAGGCACUCACUCAAUCAGUCACUGGUUAGGGCUCUGGUAGAAGCCUUAAAGCAUGGAACUGCUAAUGCAAAGAGACACGCUCAGGAUGCUCUUACCAACCUAAAGGAGAUAUCAGGAGUAAGCGCAAAAGCCUCUAGUCAAUCUCGGCCACAGAGGUAGACCGCAAUGGUAGUUUUUCUAUGUCAAUUUGUAUAAUGUUGUGAUGCUUCAAUUUUGUACAGCAUUCAUGAUCACCAAAUUUUGUAUUCAUUGAUAUAUAAAUUCAUUAGAAAUGUUAUUUAUAAUUCAUGAAUUCCUUUCA